UUCAGUAUGGUCGCCACUGUAUUCGCGCUUUUUCGUGCAGUGUCAUCGGAUUUUGUUGUGACCCAUUAUUCGCAUCAAAAAGCAACAACAAAACAGUUUGUUCCGCGUAAAGUUGAAAAAAAGUUGAUUUUCUCUGCAUAAAAGAGCAGAAUGGACGAUCUGGCCGCUUUGGAGCGAAGGAUCCUAACCAUCGUCAACAAAACCGACCGCGGCUUCAAAUGCCAAGCCAUUCCGAACUGCAUCUACACACAAUCGGUCAACCGGUUCAAUGUGGACAAUUUUAGCCGGCAUUUGGAAGCGUUCCACCCGGAAAAGUACCGCACGUUGGUUUUGGGGAAGGAGGAGGUCGCGGAGAAAAAGCACCCGACGGUUAGUACACGAAUCCAGAAACAGGAAAGUCGACAUCCAGCCGUCAUGAGAGGCAAAAUUCAAAAAGUGUCAAAGGUCAAGGGUUUCAUCAAAAACAAGCUGCUGGCGAUUGUGAAGAAAACGGAUUUUGACUACGUGUGUACCCUGGGAGGCGACUGCAACUACAAGCAGCCGCUGAUGAAGUUCAAUGCGGGAAACUUUCUGCGGCAUAUGAUGACCCACCACCCGGCUGAUUGCAUACGGCUGGACCUGCGUCGACUGGACACGGAAGAUCCACCACCGGCCGUAAAACCGGACGAAGAGCAUGUGACGACCAAAGUAAGCAAAUUCCGGUUUCUGUGCGGAAUGGUACGGUUGGUAACAACCCACGGCCUGCCACUGGAUUGCGUGUCCUGGCAGGGGAUGGAGGACAUUAUCAUGCCCCAGGUGCGAACAUUCAAGAUGUACCCUAUGGAUGAGGCCAAGAUGCGGGACAUUGUGGACCGGACGGCCAAUCAGAUGCAGAAGAUGAUCUGCGAGGGAAUGAACGGCCGGAUGGUGGCACUGCAGCUGCAUGGAACCAUGAGCAGAGAUGGACAGUACGUGGUGCGGGUCACCUGUUCUUUCAUGAGAGAGGAUAGCCACAUCUGCCGACAAACGUUGGGUGUCAUCUUUCUGGACGAAACAACCACGUGUCUAGAUCUUGAAGAUAAAGUGAACCGAAUUAAGGAACGCUGCGGUCUAGAACAGUGGCAAAUCUACACGAUCUCAAUUGAUAACGGCCGGGUGAACCUGAAUCCGGAACCUGUUCCGGAAGAGCACACGAACGAAACGGACGAUUCCAAGUUCGUUGAAAUUUUAGAUCAGUAUAACGCCUCGCUGACUGACGCCAAUGUGCUCCAGUGUGGGCGACACAUGCUCAGUAUGGUGGCCACGGAAGCGACCCAGGAAUGCGCCGACGUAGUCGAGGAGAUCGUUGAGAUGGUGAAGAGCUUUCGCCUUGAGGAGCAUAAAACGUACAUCCAGUCCUGGCAGGGCCAAUAUCCGAACAUCCCUGAUAAGAGCAACUACGGAUUUGGGACGUACUUCAUGAUGAAGGCUCUGAUGGACGACCGAGCUUUCUACGAGGAGUUCACAGUGAAAUGUCCAGGAUUAGCUUUGUACUUGCACUGGGACUUCAUCGAGGAGUUUGUGACGGCCUUCGAACCGUUGUACGAUUGUGCGAAUCGGAUCGCCAGCUGCGGUCUCAGCGAUUUCCAUCUGCAGUGGCUCCUAGCGUACGGAAGGGUACGUCGCUUGCCCAUCAAUCGAUUCAAAAAUUCCAUCCUCAAGAGUAUGGAGGAACGCCAGCGAAUGCUGGAAGAUCUGGCACCAUACAAGGCAGCCCUCUAUAUGGACCCUCGGUUGAACUUCCGUGGUUCGAAGUUGUUCGAUAACAGCAAGAAAGAGAAGAUUGUUACAUUCCUUCAUUCGAUCUACACCAUGACGGAGGACACGUCCGACGAGGACCGGCAAAGCUGCCCGGCGUCAUCGUCGUCCACGUACGACCAGUCCCAGGAUGACUUCAGCAUGAACGACUACCUGACGGAGAUGCUCGGCGAAGGCUCGCCGGAAUCGGUCAUGGAGGAGCUGAUCCGGGAAAUCCAACAGCAGGAACGGUGCGAUGCGGACGAUCGGGACUUCGACGUGGUCAAGUAUUGGGCCCAGAAGAAGAUGUACGAUGCGCGGCUGUGGACACUGGCCCGGGCAGUAUUCGCUCCGUUGGCCACGCACUGUGGCGACACGGAUGAUGGCCUAGGUCGGGGGCUGUCUACUGUUUCCAAAGUGAUAAAAACUGAAGAAGGUUGCCAGCCGCAGCAGCAGCAGCAGCUGGAUGAUGGCGAGUCUUUCACCAGUGGGGAAAGUAGCGCGGGGAACGCUUUGUUCGUGAAGCAGAAUCCGAACCUGUUGGAAAGGGCCAUCUUGAGGGUGUUCUUCAAGGAUAAAUCCCAGGAAAUGGAAGACGACAUAUAGCUUGUAAGAUCGAUAGUUAUGCAGCAGUUAUGCUUAGAGCUUUUAUGCAUUUGACAAAAAAAAACAUCGCUUUAGAGUAAACUUAA